UUGCGUCGGCAUUUAUUGAACAGAGACGGUUUAGCUUCAAAAAAUAUCGAAUAAGUAACUUUUUAAAAGGAACCAAGUUGCUUUCAGCGGUUCUCAUGGUGGAGUUUGGGUGUAGUGGAAGAGCUGGCUGAUGAAUUGAAUGCCACCCGCCGACAAGUCUCCAUGGAUUACCCAGCAAGGACCACCACCAUGGCCCCACCGGUGCCGCCGCACAAAGCCCAGCCAGGCCGGCCGGGGCAGGGGCAAGAGCGGCUACUGAAGUGCGUGCUGCUCGGAGACGGAGCGGUGGGCAAGACGAGCCUGGUGGUGAGCUACACCACCAAUGGCUAUCCUACCAAAUAUGUCCCCACUGCUUUUGACGACUUUUCCGCUGUGGUUCAAGUGGACGGAAGCCCGGUUCGACUACAGUUGUGCGACACCGCAGGACAAGACGAGUUUGACAAACUCCGCCACUUCUGCUACAGUCGCACGGACGCCUUGCUGCUGUGCUUCAGCGUGGUCAGCCCCGCGUCCUUCCAAAACGUCUGGGAGAAGUGGGUCCCGGAAAUCCGCCGCCGCUGCCCCCUCACCCCUGUCCUCCUGGUGGGCACGCAGUGCGACCUGCGGCAGGACGUCAAGGUCCUCAUCGAGCUGGCCAGGCGGAAGGAGAGGCCCGUGGCCGAGGAGGACGCCAGAGCGCUGGCCGAGAAAAUGGGGGCGGUGACGUACGUGGAAUGUUCGGCCCUGACGCAGAAGAACCUGAAGGAGGUGUUCGACGCCGCCAUCGCCGUGGGGUUGAGGAAUUCGGAUAGGAGAGUGCGGCGGGAGAAGGUGCGGAGUACGGCGGAUAAGAUGAAGAUGCUCUCCAAGUCGUGGUGGAAGAAGUAUGUGUGCGUCCAGUAGAACUUCCUGUGGGACAAUGGAGCAACUAUACGAACAAUAACUUGAUGAUUAUGUGGCGCCAAGCUCCUCUGUCGUCACCAUGACUUUAACCAGCCUUCAACCAAAAACUAUGCAGCUCAUCUUAUUACACAGUGACUGCAUACACAAAUGUGAACUGGAGUUGGAUGAGGGGACAUGAACUCAGACUAUAUUCCCUUCUUGCAAACUAUAUCAUCUAUAUGUGGUGUACACUGUAAUUCAACUGUAACAGAUAUAUACUGUAUAUGUAUGUUUGGCCAAAAUCCCAACAGGAUUCAUGUUGUGUCCUAUUGAAUGAUAUACAAAAGCAACAUUCACAUUGAGCAAUGAUUUAGAUUUUUAAUUGAAAAAACAAUCAUGAAGAUGAUGCAAGUUUUUAUUUUUCCUAAAAAAAAUAUAUUUCGUACAAAACACCACAACUUUGAAGGUUUUUGAUUUUUAAAACCGAAAUGAAAGCGUGGUUUAGCAUUUUAAUGUCAUUUUUAGGCUUUAAAAAAUGAAGCUAUUUCAGGGGUGCACAAUACGUCGAUCGCAUGCCAUUAAAAAAUAAUAGACUUCAGCGUCAGCCCUGACGUCACACCACUGACUGCGCAUGCGCAAACAACUAUGCGAAACGCGGCAAAACUAUUAAGCCAGCUAGCCAGGUGAAGUUAGCCUCCAUUUUAUACACUUCGUUUUUUUCUCUCUAAACUUAAGAAAAGGAAUACAAAUGAGUGGAGGAGCUGGACCAAGCAAAAAGCCAAAAACGUAUCACCUUCUUACGGAAUGGGAGGACUUUUUUUUUUCACGACGUCAUUUUCGAAGUGCAUAUGCCUUACUACCAAAGAAGGGAAAUGUGGAGCGGCAUAUUCGGACUGUUCAUAAAAACUACGACACCGACUUCCCACCGACAAGCUAACUGAGGAGGAGAAAGGUGAAGGAACUAAAAUGUCAGUUGUCAUUUUUCCUCUCAGUUAACUUCGAAAGCGAGAGCCGUCACCUAAGCAUCGUUCAGCGUGAGUCAUUUCAUUCCAUGUAGUGCAAGUCAUCAGAGUGAGGGAAUGACAAAAAAAAGUGACAUAGUUAAUUGUGUUGUGCAAUAUGGACUCAUCCGGUUUCGCAAGGAACAUUAACAUAAAUUGUACAUAUAAAGAAUUCUCAAUAUAUUCAUAAAUAAAUGUAUGUUUUGCAUUUUUGGUAGAUCAUUUUGGCUCGGUCAUUUUGUAAGUAGCUCGCAUGGUGAAAACGUGUGUGCACCCCUGGUUUAGAUAUUAAACAAAUGACGCAAUGAAUCUCUAAAAAGUGUCUUAAAAGGCAAAUAAAUCCGGUGCUCCGGUGUUGCUGUCCAGUUAAAAGCAUGUUUCUCCAUAUUUUGCAUUUUUUUUUUAAAUUUUGUUUUUCCAUUACUUGCUUGAUUUGAAUCUAUUUCAAAAGUGGUAAACAUCCAUCCAUCCAUCAAUUUUCUACCGCUUGUCCCUUUCGGGAAUGCAGCUGAUGUAUAAAUAAAUACAUGUGUUUUAAAAAGCAAAUGCAUCCAUUAAUCAGGUUGCUUUCUGGUGAAAAGCCUUUAUCUCAAAACACAAUGAAAAGCAUUUAUUUUCAAAAUUUAGUUAUUGUACUUUUUUUUAAAAUUUGGAGACAUUUAUAUAUAUUAAAAAAAACAACUAAAAUUAUCAAAUCAAUAUUGGAUACUGGUAAUCAAAAAAUAAAACACAAAAUGCUUUUAUAUAAUUGUUUGCACAGAAAUAUAUAUUAAAAAUCAAAUGGUUGCUGUUUGAUAAAAAGCAUGUAUCUGCUAAUAAUUGAUUUAAGGUUGGAUGAAUAGGACGGUGACAUUUAUGCUACAAAUCCGUGAAAUGGCCUUUGGACCAGCCGUGUUUAGCGCACCAGCUAUACAAAUACCUCUAGCAUAUUCCUUUAAAUAUGAUGCCAAAAACAGCGAAAGAGGUUGUGUUUGCACUGCAACACAACUCUAGUUUGGAUACUAACUUUCACCACACUCCUGUAAUGAAACCACCAAAGAGACUCGAUACAUGUUUGCUUCUUAUUUUUCAGAAGCCUGUUAUUCACGCUCUGUUAUCUGUUCCCAACAACUGAUGUAACGAAUCGCAACAAAGCAGAUGCAUGAAUGUGCCAUGUCUUUAUGUAUGUUACAUAGUCCGAUAUGUCCUCUAUGAUGUUUGUAAUGUCACCAUACUUGUUUGUGUGAGUGGCUCAGUCACAAAUGGUACAAAACAGUGGGGGUUGAAAUGGAGCUAAAUAAAAUGUGAAACAAAA